GUUACUUUUUGUCAACAAUCAGCUGACGUGACGUGUCUGAAAGUCCCGGUUCCUCUCCGGUUCCUCUCCGGUUCUUCUCCGGUUCUGUCUCGUGCGUGCAGGUAGGAUGACUCUCUCCGGUCUCGUGGCGGCGGGUCUGGUACCGAUCUGUUGGGUUCUGGUCUCGGUAACGGGAGACGGGACCGGAAGCAGCGCGGCGCCCCGACCCGCAGAGACCAACUCCAGCCGGCUGAACUCCACCGGUACCGGUACCGGGCUGCUCGGUACCGGUACCGGGCUGCUCGGUGUGGACUCCUCUAUGAUCCAGCGGGCCCUCUACGUGCUGAUCGGGAUCACUAUAAUCGGAGUCCUUUAUUUCCUGUUCCGGGCUGUGCGGUUGAAGAAGCCGCUGCAGAAGAAGAAGUACGGUCUCCUCUCAGACUACGAUGACUCGGUGGAGAUGAUGGAGACGAUGGAGAGCGAUGAAGACGACACGCUGUACGAAGCUCGCAGCCUCCGCAGAUGAGUCCAGCUGAAGUUUUGUGGCCGUUGGACGGAGACCUGCCGCUGUGGACAUCAGCUGAUCGGGAGAAGAUGAUCGUUGGACCAAAGUUUAAUAGAAAUGCCAAAGCUGCUCUGAGCAGGAUACUUUUAUUUUGUAAGGUGUUGAACUCAAACCUCCUGUUUAUUUUUCUAUUUCUUAUUUUGAGUUUCUUUAAAAAGUUUAAAAAGUUUAAAAAGUGCCGAAACUACUGAAACAGUCUGAUGAGGAAGAGUCCGUCUGACUCUUCAUCAUCAGCCUUCAGGACUGACGGAGGUCUUCAUCGAGACUCUGCGAGGUCAUGUGACUUCACUCUGUCAACGGCAUGAAGAUGAAGAUGAUGAAGA